GCGAAACGGGGUGGGAAAAAGCAAGUCUUUCCCGCGAGACCCCUCAGCCGCACGCGCGCGCGCGCCCGCAUCGGACGGCCCGAAAGGCCGCCAGCCGUCCGUCCAGCCAGCACGGCCGCCGCCGCGGCGGCGCCGGGCGGAGUGAAAGAAAAAGGAAAGAAAAGACGGCCGUUACCAGCGCCGCCUCCUUUGGCCGCUUCUCCACCCCCUCACGUUUUCCACCCGCGCAGCAGCGCCGCGCGGCCUCGGCGCAUUUCCGCCGAAUCCGACGCCAGCGCGCCGGCCGCAUUCUGGAGCCUUCCGCGGCCGCUACUGCCGUUACUGCUCGUGGACGGCCACAAAAGGGGGGCGCGUCGCGUGCCCCCAACCCUACCCUACCUCACACUCUCCGUGGGCGCUCCCACACCAGGCGGAAUUCCGUGCAUGCCAGCAGUGGCGGCGGCGGCGGCGGUGAGAUCUUUGCGCGUGACCGGAGCUGAUGGCGUCGUUCGUGGCCGCGCUGGUGGCCGUCGCGGUCGUGGCGCUCGCCACGGCGGCCUGGCGCUGGCUGCAGUGCGAGGGCGACCGGAGGGACGAGCUCGAGGAGGCGAGCAGGCUCGCCUGGCUCGCGUCCGAGGAGCUCCAGUACGCGGAGCCCGAGCCGUACGACUACGCAAACCACGGCCCCUUCUGGCGCGCCGCCGACAUGGCCGACGCGCCCCUCUGGACGGCGCCGGAGGCCCCUGCGCCGCCGCGGGUCCAAGUCCAGGAGCAGCAGCAUCAGGAAGCGGCGGCCACGGACCCUUUGGUGCCGGACCCUACGGUACCGGCAGCCACGGGUAAGAAGGGGUCGUGCGCGGUCUGCCGCAGGCAGACCUCCUUCAGGUGCAAGCGAUGCAAGGGCGUCAACUACUGUACCUUCAAAUGCCAGAUAGUUCACUGGAGACAAGGACACAAAGAUGAAUGCCAUCCACAAAGUGUUGAUGCUAGGAAAGACGGUACAGUAAAAGCUUCUUCGGCGGAGAAAGGAGUUGAAUGCAAUAGCUCAAAUGAAGAAAGUGUGGUGGAAGGAGUAGAGCCAGCAGUUAAAACAAAAAGUUCCAUCGCUGUUAUGCCCGAAUCUUCUAAGGAAAACUGUGUUGCAAAGUGUUUAAAUGAUGAAAGCAAGGAGAUGCCCUUUGGGAAGGCAUCCAACACCGUAGAGGCUUCUGAACAUGACAACAAUAUGUUUACAUUUUGUAGUGUUACAGAGCAUACAGAAUCUGCUGAUUGCUCAAGUUUUCCAACUUCUGGUGAAGCUUGCAAAGUCAAGGGCGCUUCUGUUAGUGAAAAUGGCUCUCCAUCUCACAUUCCAGCAGACAACUCUAGCUUGCAAGCUGAUAGAUCUGCUGGGUUAGAAUCUGAAAUGGAGCAAUCUAGCGCACAAGCUCCUUGCAUAGAUAACCUUAAAAGUUCUAGAAGUUUGCCAUCAUUGCCAACUAUUGAAAAAGCUUCUUCCAGUCAUGCUGGUGCACACUUCGCAGCGGGUAAUCCAUCUAAAAAGGCAGAUAAUCUUAUCGAAACUUCCGUGAGAUCGGAGAGCAGUGUUAUGGUGCCAAAUAAUCUAUCAAUGGCGAAAAGUUUGAUCACACAACAAACUGCUCCAAUAUUUGUGAGCACAUCUGAAUCGUAUGAACUUUUCGUCAAGCUGUACAACUUUGAGAAGGUGGAGUUACAUCCUUUUGGUCUAUGUAACCUUGGGAAUAGUUGCUACGCAAAUGUUGUUAUUCAGUGUUUGACAUUUACACGGCCACUUACAGCGUACCUUCUGGAAGGACUUCAUUCAAAAAAUUGUUCCAACAAGGUAUGGUGCUUUUUGUGUGAGUUUGAAAGACUCAUUAUGGAGGGUAAGCGAGGACAGUCUCCAUUAUCACCUACCGGAAUACUAUCUCACUUGAGUGAGAUUGGAAGUAGCUUUGGCCCAGGCGAACAGGAAGAUGCUCAUGAGUUUCUCAGGUACGCAAUCGAUACUAUGCAAUCUGCCAUUAUGAACGAAGCCAAUACAGAUGGUGGGCAUGAGUUAUCUGAAGAAGCUACACUGAUGCAAUUGAUGUUUGGGGGCUAUCUACGAUCUAAGAUCAAAUGCACAAAGUGCAAGGCCAGUUCAGAACAGCGUGAACGUAUUAUGGAUCUUACUGUUGAAAUAGAUGGGGCUAUCAGUACCCUUGAAGACGCACUUCAUCGAUUUACAUCUAAAGAAAUCUUAGAUGGUGACAAUAAAUACCAUUGCAUCAGAUGCAAUUCAUAUGAACGUGCCAAAAAGAAGUUGACAAUAUCAGAAGCACCUAAUAUCCUGACUAUUGCAUUGAAAAGAUACCAGUCUGGUAUGUUCGGUAAAAUCAACAAGGCCAUCAGGUUCCCGGAGUACUUGAAUUUGUCUAGCUACAUGAGUACGACACAUGAUUGUUCCCCUGUGUACGGGCUAUAUGCUGUGGUUGUCCAUCGUGAUAUUAAUAAUGCAUCCUUUUCUGGUCAUUAUGUAUGUUAUGUCAAGGACUCACAUGGGAAGUGGCACGAGAUGGAUGAUAGCCAGGUAAAACCUGUUUCUCUGGAAGAAGUUCACUUGAAGUGUGCAUAUAUGCUGCUCUAUGCGAGGUGUUCACCACGGGCUCCAAGCUCUUUAAGGAAAGUGGUUGUUCAACAAGACCCAUCACGCAGAAAGAAAGCCAGCCAAACAGUAGAUCCAGAACCAACUUCAUUGGAAGGAGGCAGUUACCUGAGCAGGCACCAAGGUGGGCAAUCAUAUACAGAUCAUAUAGUGUAUGACAACACCUACACAUUGGAUACAUUUGAUGACUCAUUGUAUCUAGUAUCAGAGUCUACAAGUCCAAGCGGGAGUUCUUCGAUAUUCAGCAAUUCCGACGCAGGGUCAACCGGUACUUUGGGCAGCGAUAGCACUGACAGCACAAGGAACUCAGGCAGCAUGGAGGACUACGAUUUCAUAUUUGGAAGCUCGGAUCAAAUCAACCUGGUAAGCUCAGUGCUUAUACCUGAGGAACACGAGCUUAGCUAUUCGCGAAGGUCUAGCUUGAACCCUAGCUCCUCAACUGAAUAUGCGGAUCAGGGUGAGGUUGAAAGGCUGCAACAGCUCAAUCAUAAAGCAAGCAGAGGGGUUUGGAAUGAGGGUGGGGAAAACCUAUCCGUGUUCUAUCCUGACCAAGGUAAAUACCCGGGCAGUCUUAGUAUUAGUAGUAGAAGUAGUGGUAGUAGUAACAGUAUUUGUAAGUUAACAGAACAAGGUAGCAGUAGGAUGACAGCGGAGGUUGAUCAUGGUUGGGGUUAUUGUAGGUAGAAGGCUGAACGAGCCACAGUUUUCGGUACAGAGGCCUGGGUUGUAGAGAAAGAUAAAUAAUUUAUCCUGUAUAAACAUGCCAUUGCAAUUAAUAGAGGGGCAAGUUCAUAAA